UGCACGCGCCUGACCCAUCUGAAAUACUUUUCACAGACGCCAUUUUCUUUGCUCACGACGCGGCUCGUAUGAGGACGGAAUAUGGCGAAAUAAAGUGCAUAACCUUACUCAUAAAAUGGGGUUUGUAAUAUCAUAUUGUUUUAUAAUGACAUUUAUUUGCUGUGUGCACAUAAACUUUUCUCAAGGACAUUUCCUUUCACUCACGAUGUGGAACAGACGAGGACGUCUUUUAAUUUCUAUAUGGGAAAUCUAAAAAAAGCACUUUUGUGAUGCUGCAAGUGGGAGUGGAUUUCUUGCUUAGAUGGAAACUGCAGAGAACCACAUCCUGUCGUCCUGAAAAAAAGAAAGAGACUACUUUCUCCAUUGGCACAGACUUUGUUCAGUGAUCAGUAACAUACAUUCAGCUAGGGCUGUCCUUAGGGGGUGCAACUGAUGCGGUCGCACCGGACUCCACACUUGAGGGGUAAACGGACUGAAUGAGCCCCACUCCCCCAGAACGCUUCCUACUUCGCACCAGUAUGGGCCUGCAUUCAUAGUUAAUGGGCCUGGGCUGUCUGUAUCCAGAAGGCCGGAGCAUCUCCCUGAUCUCCUUGCAGUUAAAGUGGCAUCUCCCUAAAAUUGUCAAGACGACAGGCACCAAUGUAGUAACCACACAAAUACAUAAAUAGUGCAUAACACAAAAAACGGAAAAUAUUACAAAGAACUCAAGUUAAAAACAUGUCACGUCGCACAUGUCUGAAGUGCAUGUCCCACCACUGGAAAGGUGGUGGUAAUAUGUUGUGUGUCUGUGUGUAACCUGCUAUCAGUACGAUUUAGCUACAUCAAGUUCACAUGUAAAGACCUAACGUUAGCGCUAGCUAUCAGAUCAAAUUAUGGAUGACUGUAGCUACAUAGAAAAAGUUGUUAGGCUCAAAAUUACAACCAUUUUGGUCGCAUGUGCUCGUGAAAAAUGUAAUCUGUCGACAUAUAUGGUAACCUAAAAAUAUAUUCAGGAGUAAGUUACUGCUAAUUUGUGCGAGAGCAAAUAAUGGUUGUGGUGCUAAUGUUACCAUUUUGUAAGGCGUCAGUAAAAGAGGUAGAACACGCCAAUGCUGAUAGUUAGGAUGUUUUAUUAAUAUUAACUAGGGCUGGGGGAAUUAACGCGUAAAUCUUUGCGAUUAAUUUGAAAUGUUUAACGCGUUAAAAAAACGCAUUUAACGCAGCACUUUUUUGCCUCGUUUGAAUGAUUUCCUGUUGCGGCUGCUAUUGAAAAGCCGAAAAUAUGUGGAUCGGGUUUCAUUCUCGCGCAGCUUUCAUGAGCGGGUCUUUUCCGCUCCGUGUGCGCCGCCGCACUCUCUGUUCCGUGUGUCUGUGUGUGUGUCGGCCAUAGGUGUCGGCGCGCUGCACUCUCUGCUCAAUGUCCGACUCCGUGUUUGCGCUGCGCGUUCCGCUCUGUCGUUCACGGCCCAAACGCUCCAAUCAUGUACCGAUCAAGCACUGGAAAAGCAAAGUCUGCUCAAAUAAGGUGACAUUUCUCUGUAGACUUCUGUUUGCUGAGCUGGUAUAGUCAUGCUGGGGCAGCAAUGUUAAAGGAAUAGUUCACCCAAAAAUGAAAAUUCUGUAAUUUUCUCUCCCUCAAGUUGUUCCAAAGUGUAUUAUUUCCUUUCUUCUGCUAAACACAAAAAAGGUAUUUUAAAGAAGGUUGGAAAUUAAACAGUUGCUGGUCCCCAUUGACUUCCAUAGUAUUUUUUUUUCCUACUAUGGAAGUCAGUAAUGGGGUCCAUCAGUCGUUUGGUUACCGACUUUUUCCAAAAUAUCUUCUUUUGUGUUCAGAGAUUCAACAUUCCCAGGCUGUUACCCAGCUGAAGGAGUUGGCUAGGAUCAUGAAACAUUUAGUGCCCCUAGAGAGUGAGAUCACCCAGGAGAUCAUUAGGUACAAUGUGGACCCCAACCUGGCCAAGUAUGAAGAUGGAGAUGACAUUGUGAAGUGGUGGGCCCAUGUCAUGAGUUUGGGGAAGUAUCCAGCUCUCAGCCAGGUUAUCAGACGGGCCCUCUCCAUCUUCCAUGGACCACUGGUAGAGUCCUCCUUUAGUCUCAUGGGAGAUGUGAUUGAUGCUAAAAGAUCUAGCAUGAAGAUCUCCACCUUUGAUGCAGUGCAGACUGUCAAAUAUGUGCUGAGGUCAAGGGGCAAGACUGGCAUUAGCAUGUUCAAAAGAGCUGACAUUGAUAAAACUCUCUGCCAGAACAUUAGGGUUGCAGGGAGAAGGGACAAGACCGACAGAGAGAAGAGGAUGGAGGCAAAGCAGAAGAGGCAGGUGGAGUAUGGCUGCAGUGCUACAUGUGAAAGUGCAGAGAAGGCCAAGACCACUGCUCUGGCCGAAGAGAGGCAGACACGUCUCAAACAUGUUGAUAAGAAAAUUAAUGCAGCCAGACGCAAGGCCCUGGAUACGUUGCAGGAGGUGGCCAGGAAGAAGAGGAAGUUGGAGUAAAGCAAGAAGAUAGUUCAAUGAGAGUUUAUGUUUCGGAAUUAAAAAUGAAAUAGAAUAUUACAAAUUAGCGUCUGUGUAUUUUGAUUUUCAGAAUUUCAUUCUAGUCUGUGCCUAUGGGGUGGGCUGGGGAUGGCAGGGGUUGGUGGCAAUGUAAGUAUCUGGAUAUUUGCCUCUGGGCGGGGGCUUCGAUUACCUCUCUCUUUUUUGACCAUACAUGUGUUUGCACCCCUGAGAAACUGUGAACAAGAACUGAGAUCAUGCCUCCAAAAAGAUGGACAUGCUUGUACGCUGCCUUUUUCUUCUAGAAAAUAUUAAUAAUUCUAGUU